AUGGUCGAGGUACCGCGUAACUUUCGCCUGCUGGAGGAGCUAGAGGCCGGCGAGAAGGCCACAGGAAGUAACCAAAACGUCUCCGUGGGUCUGCGUGACACGGAGGACAUCUACUUCCACUACUGGAACGGCACUAUCGUAGGCCCCCCUAGCAGCACCUUUGAGUAUCGCAUCCUGUCGCUGGAGAUUUACUGCGAUGAGAACUAUCCAAAGGUACCGCCGCACAUUCGCUUCCUCAGUAAGGUGAACCUGCCCUGCGUCGACCCCGAUGGUACGGUGAACCGCAACAAGUUCCACACCUUCAAGAACUGGGACCGCCGAACGACGAUGGAAAUGUGCCUGUCGGAGCUGCGGAAGGAAAUGGCGCAGCCGCAGAACCGCAAGCUCACGCAGCCACCGGAGGGGUCUAUGUACUGA